UUGCCCGGCGCGAGUGAGCCCCAGGCACCUAGCAUCAGAGGAGAGCGUCCGGCUGGCUGCCUCGGAGGCGGCCACCCGACAGCAGCAUGCUGCGCGUUUUGGCCGAAUCGCAAGGCAAUGCAACGGCACUCUCACGGGGCAUGCCUGAGGCGGCUGAGGAGCACUCAGUCUGGAGGCCGCUGUUCCUUGCCGGCGUGCCCAUGGUGCUGCUGAGCAUCGCAAUGCUCGCCGCCUACCACAGAUUCAAGGAGAGAAGGCGCCGCUCCGCGUUGAUCCUCUCGGCCAACCGGCUAGUUGACGUUUGGUCUGGCAUGCACCUGACCGUUCGGUCUGUCCGCACUUCGCAAGCGGGGGAAAAGCUGCGCACGACCGAGCAGGUGUGAGAGGAGGCCGCGGUAGAAAGUGGCGUGUACCAAUUGUGAUGCGCCCCGGCGCGCGUGUCCAAAAGAUAUGUGCUGUGUUAUAUGUGCUUUUAUGGUGUGUCUUGCGCGAGGCGACACCAACGGUGUGCGGCGUCUACGUUGUAUGUUUCAUAAAACUUGCAUCAGAAGGC